ACAUAGCUGGCGCUAUAUCUGAGUAGAGUGAAGCUGAGUAGAUGGCGCGAUAUCCGUCUUUUCGUUUCUUCUUUUUCUCUUGGUUUCCUCUUCAUUUCUAUUCAAGGCGUCGUUCAAGGCAGCGUGCGUACACAAGAGUGCAAGGGAGUGAGAGCGCGAUAAACAGAACCUUACCGCAGUAAGGUUAUACAAGAUUACGCGUACACAUCGGUGUCGUACGAUCGAAAAUUGUCGAUUGUCGUCGUCUACAAUAAUGGAGGAAGUUGGAAAGCUGGAACAUCUGUCUCUGGUGUCGAAAAUUUGCACGGAACUGGAGAAUCAUCUGGGUCUGAACGACAAAGACUUGGCCGAAUUCAUUAUUCAUUUGGCCGAGAAGAACAACACAUUCCCGACGUUCAAGAAGGUACUGAUCGAGAAUGGAGCAGAGUUUUCGGAUUCUUUUAUGGCUAAUCUCCUGAGGAUAAUACAGCAUAUGAAACCUGCCAGAAUUUCCGCCGGUGAGUCAUCUAAUCCCAUGAGUAAUCCCAUGAGUAAGGAUGAGCUGGCGCUAAGAUUUCCCGCGUUAGCACUGCCGAACGAGGAUACGCAGCGCCCUAGUGGUGCUAAAGAUACCAACGAUGAGGACGUCGUUAAUGACGUGAUGGCUUCGCUGGAGGCGUUCGCGCCGUCGAGCAAAAAGAAGCAAGCAAGAGUCGCGAGCAACGACAGGAGCAACAACAACGGGAGCAGCGGCAAUAGCGAAAAGAGGAGCAAACGCGCGAGAAGGAGUCGCAGCAGGAGCAGGAGCAGAAGCAGAAGCAGAAGCAGAAGCAGAAGCAGAUCGCCGCGCGACAGAAGGAGACGCAAGGAGAGACGGCACCGAUCCAGAUCGCGUUCUAGAUCCCGUCCUCGUCACCGAUCCAGAGAUCGUACGCGCGGAAGAUCCUGCAGAUCGCGAGAGCUCCGAAGAUCGUUGUCGCGCGAUCGCAGGGACGGGGGCGGUAGGUACACGAGGAGGAAACUCGACGACGGCGAGCGUGGCCGAAGAUCGAGAUCCAUGGAGGAGCUGUCUAUGGAGCCAGAGGUGGGUAAGAUUUAUGCGGGCAAGGUGGCGAACAUCGUGCCGUUUGGCUGUUUCGUGUCGCUGGAGGGUCUGAGACGCAGGCUGGAGGGCCUGGUGCACAUCUCCCAGUUGAGAAGAGAGGGUCGCGUGGCUAACGCGAGCGACGUAGUCUCCAGAGGGCAGCGGGUCCUCGUGAAGGUCCUCAGUAUCGGCGGGCAGAAGGUGUCGCUGAGCAUGAAGGAUGUGGACCAGGAGACCGGCAGGGAUCUGAAUCCCGUGGCGGCGGCGGCAGCGGCGGCGGCGGCAGCGGCGGCGGCGGCCGUCGCCAAGGCCGAGGAGGACGAGAAGCACCUGCGCAAUCCGGACCGGCCUGCGUCACUGUUGGAGCUGCAGGGCAACUACGACGAGGACGAGACGUAUUCGCGCAAACGCGUGCAACGACUGUCGUCGCCGGAGAAGUGGGAGAUCAAGCAGAUGCUGGCGGCGUCGUGCAUCGAUAGGAGCGAGCUGCCGGAGUUCGACACAGAGACGGGCGUCCUGCCGCGCGAGGACGACGAGGAGGAGGACGUGGAGAUCGAGCUGGUGGAGGAAGAACCGCCGUUUCUGCACGGCCAUGGGAGAGCGCUGGGAGACCUCAGUCCCGUGCGCAUCGUAAAGAAUCCGGACGGCUCGCUGGCGCAGGCGGCGAUGAUGCAGAGCGCCCUGGCGAAGGAGCGUAGGGAGCAGAAGAUGCUGCAACGCGAACAGGAGAUGGACUCCGUGCCCACCGGAUUGAACAAGAAUUGGAUAGACCCGUUACCGGAGGCGGAGAGCAGAACCCUGGCGGCGAACAUGCGCGGCAUCGGGCUGCAGACGCAGGACCUGCCCGAGUGGAAGAAGCACGUGAUAGGCGGCAAGAAGUCGUCGUUCGGCAAAAAGACCAAUCUGACCCUUCUGGAGCAACGGCAGAGCCUGCCGAUCUACAAGCUGCGCGACGACCUCGUGAAGGCCGUGACGGACAAUCAGAUACUGAUCGUUAUCGGCGAGACCGGCUCGGGCAAGACCACGCAGAUCACGCAGUACCUGGCGGAGGCGGGCUUCACGGCGCGCGGUAAAAUCGGCUGCACGCAACCGAGGCGAGUGGCGGCGAUGAGCGUGGCGAAGCGCGUGGCCGAGGAGUUCGGCUGCUGCCUGGGCCAGGAGGUCGGCUAUACCAUCCGUUUCGAGGACUGCACCGGGCCGGAGACCAACAUCAAGUACAUGACCGACGGUAUGCUGCUGCGCGAGUGCCUGAUGGACCUCGACCUGAAGACGUACUCGGUGAUCAUGCUGGACGAGGCGCACGAACGUACGAUCCACACUGACGUGCUGUUCGGCCUGCUGAAGCAGGCGGUCGGCCGACGGCCCGACCUCAAGCUGAUCGUCACUAGCGCCACCCUGGACGCCGUCAAGUUCUCGCAGUACUUCUUCGAGGCGCCGAUAUUCACCAUACCUGGUCGUACCUUCGAGGUCGAGGUGAUGUACACGAAGGAGCCGGAGACGGACUACCUGGACGCCGCGCUCAUCACCGUCAUGCAGAUCCACCUGCGCGAGCCGCCGGGCGACAUACUGCUGUUCCUCACCGGCCAGGAGGAGAUCGACACCGCCUGCGAGAUACUCUACGAGCGCAUGAAGUCGCUGGGCCCGGACGUGCCGGAGCUGAUUAUCCUGCCGGUCUACUCGGCGCUGCCCUCGGAGAUGCAGACGAGGAUAUUCGAGCCGGCGCCGCCCGGCUCGCGCAAGGUCGUCAUCGCCACGAACAUCGCCGAGACCAGCCUGACGAUCGACGGUAUCUACUACGUGGUAGAUCCGGGCUUCGUCAAGCAGAAGGUCUACAACUCCAAGACCGGCAUGGACAGUCUGAUCGUGACGCCGAUCAGCCAGGCGGCGGCGAAGCAGCGCGCCGGCAGGGCUGGCAGGACCGGGCCCGGUAAGUGCUAUCGGCUCUACACGGAACGGGCGUAUCGCGACGAGAUGCUGCCCACGCCGGUGCCGGAGAUUCAGCGCACGAAUCUGGCCACGACGGUGCUGCAGCUCAAGACCAUGGGCAUCAACGAUCUGCUGCACUUUGACUUCAUGGACGCACCGCCGGUGGAGUCGCUCAUCAUGGCGCUGGAGUCGCUGCACAGCCUGAGCGCCCUGGACAACGAGGGUCUGCUGACGCGGCUGGGCCGGCGAAUGGCCGAGUUCCCGCUGGAGCCGAACCUCUCCAAGAUGCUGAUCAUGAGCGUGCACCUGCAGUGCUCCGACGAGAUUCUCACCAUCGUCAGCAUGCUGUCCGUGCAGAACGUUUUCUACAGACCCAAGGACAAGCAGGCUCUGGCCGAUCAGAAGAAGGCCAAGUUCAAUCAGGCCGAGGGUGAUCACUUGACUCUGCUGGCUGUCUAUAACUCGUGGAAGAAUAACAAACUGAGCAACGCCUGGUGCUACGAGAACUUUGUGCAGAUCAGGACACUGAAGCGCGCCCAGGACGUGCGCAAGCAGCUGCUGGGCAUAAUGGACCGGCACAAAUUGGACGUGGUGUCGGCGGGGAAGAACACGGUGCGAAUACAGAAAGCGGUGUGCUCUGGCUUCUUUAGGAACGCCGCGAAGAAGGACCCGCAAGAGGGAUACAGAACGCUGGUGGACAGCCAAGUUGUUUACAUUCAUCCGAGUAGCGCGUUGUUCAAUCGCCAGCCGGAGUGGGUCAUCUAUCACGAGCUAGUGCAGACCACCAAGGAGUACAUGAGGGAGGUGACGACCAUCGACCCCAAGUGGCUGGUGGAGUUUGCGCCGGCGUUCUUCAAAUUUAGCGAUCCCACCAAGCUCAGCAAGUUUAAGAAGAAUCAGAGACUGGAGCCACUUUAUAACAAGUACGAGGAGCCGAAUGCUUGGAGGAUAUCCCGAGUUCGUAGGAGACGCAAUUGAAUGACAUUGCGAUUACGCAAUUCGCGAGUACACAUUAUUGUAAAGGUUGUUUCGUCAGUUUCGCGCAUGUGCGCGCGUGUACAUACUACAUGUGACGUGUUUUUCUAUCUUUUUCAUUCCAAAAUAUCAUCAUACACGUAUCUGCGAAAGCUUCAAAAAAUUCUGAAUGAUUCGAAAUGGCAUUUCCGAUUUUUCUUUCGUGCGAUGACACAAAAAGAAAGAUCAACAAUGACAAGAGCUGAUGGAACUGAAUGAAAGAUACUUUCAUUUCGCAUGUGUAGCAUGUAACAAACGAAAGUAGUUUCGAUGCGUGUGAAAAGUAUCAUCUCGCUUCAUCAUUAGGAAACAAGUAACGAAAACAAUCUGUAAUGUUUGCCAAGAUAUCGAUCGAUAUUUUAUUAUUGUUAUAAACUGUAAACAGACAUUAUAGAAAGUGAUGAAAUGUAUGCAACUAUUGAAUUAUAUACAAGGAUGCAAGAAUGCAGUUGUAAGACGAGCAUUAUUUACAGACAGCUACGUGUAUAUACUUGUAAAUAUUCUGUAAAUAUACAGGUCAUAAAAGUAUCGA